GCCUGCUCCCCACUACUUGAGUGUUUCCCCGCUGCAACCCUUAAAGUCACGGCCACAGGGUUUGCUCACAGGGUCAGUGAUCCUCUUCAUUAGAAAAGGGGAGAGCAGGAGUUCUCACCUCUUUCGAUUUAAUGAGGAAUUGUUCUUUAUAUAUAUGCUGCCACCAAUCAUUUUCAAUGCAGGGUUCCAGGUGAAAAAAAAGCACUUCUUUCGGAACUUUGUGCCUAUCAUACUCUAUGGUGUUGUCGGGACCAUAAUUGCCUUUGCUGUCAUCUCGCUGGGGUGCUGGCUGAUCUUUCCUCGGUUUGGGUUUGAAGAGCUUCGGAUAAAGGACUACCUUGCGCUGGGGAUUAUAUUCUCUCCAUCCGACACUGUGUGCGUGCUCCAGGUGUUGAGCCAAGAGGAAACACCAUUACUGUACAGUUUGGUCUUCGGCGAAGGAGUUGUGAAUGAUGCGACUGCAGUGGUGGUCUUCCGGGCAAUCACCAAAUUCAGCUUUUCGGAUUCUGCUGGGCUUUCUGUGGUUGUAAUUGUGUGGAAUUUUUUCUACCUUUUCUUCGCAAGCACUGCGCUUGGUGCUCUGGUAGGCUUGUUGAGUGCAUACAUCAUCAAGUCCCUUUACUUCGGAAGGCAUUCUACAGACAGGGAGAUAGCAAUCAUGGUCUUGAUGGCGUACUUAUCGCUCGUUCCUACGCUGGUUACUCAAGCUCAAGGACAAGACGUGUGUGCAGCAUCUUCUCCAUCCGGCAGCGGCGACGUAUCGUCUUCAAGUGGUUCUUCACAGGAUUCGGCGCGCGAGUUCAACAUAGAGGUAUUGGACCCGCUCACGUCCGAGGAUUUCGCAUGGCUUCCUCUCCCGACCACGGGCCGCUUGCCGGGACCGCAAUGCGCAACACUAUGUGCACAUCUCCACACGUACUUAUCCUUCUAUGCACCACCAACUUCGCCGACGGAUGAGCAAGUCACGGUGGGGGACAUCCUUGGGCAUGUUACCAAGGUGGCCCGCGAGUUUCGCACGCAGCGGUACGAUGACAACAACGCACCGCUCAUGUAUGUCCGCAUUCAAGUUGGGCAAGCGUCCUGCAGCGCUUUGCUGGAUAGCGGCGCGUCUCGCAAUUUCAUGAGCCAAGCCUUUACGCAAAGGGCUGGCCUUGGCGCACAAGUUCGAAGGAAGCCAAACCCGACGGCGAUCAAGUUGGCGGAUGGAAAGACGCAACAACUUCUCGACCGUUAUAUCGAGGUCAUACCGUUCGCCGUCAUCUUCGAGUCACCUAUCGGUGUGGUGCCGAAUCGGCCGAUCGCUCACGAGAUCAUACUUGAGGCCGGUGUCGUGCCGCCGAAAGGUUGCAUCUAUCGGAUGAGCGAGGAGGAGCUUGAGGUCCUUCGCGCACAACUCUACGACUUGUUGGCCAAGGGCUGGAUCCGCCCUAGUAGCUCCCCAUAUGGAGCACCAAUUCUCUUCGUCCAGAAGAAGAACAAGGAUCUACGAUUGUGUAUCGACUACCACAAGCUCAACACGCAAACCGUCAAGAAUGCGGGGCCUCUUCCUCGCAUCGACGGUCUUCUUGAGCGAUUGGGUGGCGUCAAGUAUUUUUCUAAGUUGGAUUUGAAAUCGGGAUAUCAUCAAAUUUCGAUCCGGCCGAAUGAUCGCUACAAAUCCGCGUUCAAAACGCGGUACAGGCAUUUUGAGUGGGUGGUCAUGCCUUCUGGCCUCACCAACGCCCCGGCGACCUUUCAAGCAGCAAUGACCAAUGAGUUUCGUGCAAUGUUGGACCGGUUCGUUCUGGUCUACUUAGACGAUAUUCUCGUCUAUAGCCGGACACUGGAGGAUCAUCUUGGGCAUCUUCGACGAGUGUUGGAGACGCUCCGCCGCGCCAAGUACAAGGCCAACCGCGACAAGUGUGAAUUUGUCCGGCAAGAGCUGGAUCACUUGGGCCAUUGUGUCACGCCGGAGGGCAUCAGUCCGCUAUCGGACAAGAUUCAAGCCAUCCAAGAGUGGACGGAGCCUCGGAACAUCACGGAUGUUCGUUCGUUCCUUGGCCUCGCCGGCUACUACCAGUAUUUUAUCAAAGGCUACUCGAAGAUCGUGGCCCACUUGACCAAGCUUCAAUGCGAGGAUCGGCCGUUUGACUUCGGAGAGGAGGCGCGGGAAUCAUUUUUGGCUCUCAAAGUCGCGCUAUUGUCUGCGGAGGUCUUGCGGAUAUACGACCCGCUUUUGCCUACGCGCGUCACUACGGAUGCGUCAGGCUGUGGCAUUGGUGCAGUCCUUGAGCAACAUGAUGGUGUGGACUGGCACCCGGUCGAGUAUUUCAGCAAGAAAGUGCCCGUCGUGCAUUCGGUUGACGAUGCACGCAAGAAGGAGCUCCUCGCCUUCGUCCACAUGCUCAAGUGGUGGCGGCACUUCCUCCUUGGUCGAAGCCAAUUUCGAUGGGUAACGGACAACAAUCCGUUGGUCUUCUAUAAGAUCCAAGACACCGUCAACAACACCAUCGCUCGAUGGAUGACUUUCAUCGACCAGUUCGACUUCUUUCCCGAUCACAUUCCCGGGAAGUCGAACCGUUUUGCGGAUGCUCUUUCACGGCGUCUGGAUCAUUGUGCCGCGGUCUACUCAACCUUCGAUAUCGACGAUGACUUGCGGAACAGCUUCAUCCGCGGCUACCAAGCCGACCUCGAGUUCCGGUACAAGUGCGCGGAUUGCUCCUCUCCUAAUCCGGCGCCUUCUCACUACCGGAUCCAAGAGGGGUACUUGCUUGUCCACACACGGGUGAAGGACCUUCUUUGCGUACCGAGUGCUCCUCACUUGCGUACACGGCUUCUUGGUGAGUUCCACGAUGCUCCCGCCACCGAACACUUUGGAGUCAAUCGCACGAUUGGCCGACUUCGCGAGCGAUUUUGGUGGCCCGGCCUUCUCGGCGACGUCACCCGCUAUUGCGAGUCAUGCGAGGUUUGCCAACGCUGCAAAUCCCGCAACCACCGUACGUAUGGCGAGUUACGACCAUUACCGGUCCCUUUGAGGCGAAGGGAAGCGAUUGCCAUGGACAUUACCGGCCCGUUCCCCAAGCACAAGACCGGCGUGGAUGGGAUUCUCACGGUGGUCGACCGACUCACCAAGUUUGCCAUGUUUUUGCCUUGCCGCUAUCAUGCCAAGGCACCGGAGUUGGCCGAGCGGGAACGACUGUUCACGCGGGAGACCGUGAUCGGCGAUGAGGCCGCACAUUGGGUGGAAGUGACAUCUGCAGACGGGGCCCCGGAGAAUGAGAAAGGGCUGUCAGCCCUUGCGCAGGUCUCCCACGACCUCGUGKCCACCUGCGCUCUGCAGCAGGAGGAAAUCCUUCACCUGCAGCAGACAGUGGACCAGAUGCUCGCACGACUGCAGGCGUUGGAGAAACAGCCAGCUGCUGUAGCAGCCGCAGGGCCUUUCACCCUUACCACCCGUGUGCAAGUUUUGGAGGAUGACGUCAGCAACAUCAAGCGUGUGCAUCAGGACCUCCGGACGUCGCAGCAAGCAACGAACUUGCAGUUGGAGACGCAGGUCCAGGCUGCUGCCACCGUGACGCCCGCCGGCGCAUCCUCCCGGCGCCCACCCAAGCUGGAUGACAUUCCCGUCUUCUGCGAUCAGUCCAAGACGGAACCGAUCCCGUGGUGGCGCCAGUUUACUCUCAGGCUCGACAUGCACCAUGUCCCGAACAACGAUCGACAUCCGUGCUUGUACCACCGAUCUGGUGGUGCGUGUCAAGCAUGGCUGGACAACAUCUUGACCAGCCACGGCGUAGCAGUGUCGGAAUUGCACACCAAGCUCACUUGGCAGGAGUUGACCGACGCCUGGCACAAGCGAUUCCAAGUGGAGCCRCCCGACCUGCAAGCGAUGGACAAGCUSAACAAGCUCCAUCAGAACACGCUGCUCAGUCAGGACUGGAUUACCGAGUUCCAAAGACUCGCCUCCACACCUGACCUGYCGCUCGCAUUCCGCGCCAUCAAGCACUUGUUUAUCAUGCGCUCGUGUCCAACUCUGCAAAACGCGCUGACGCAGAUUGCAGAGACACUCGACACAUCUGACAAGCUUUUCAGCACAGCGUCACGGAUCAUUYUCACGAAUAUCGAAGCCCGCAACGCCGACCGAUCUUCCUCGACGACGAGCGGCACCCAGCCCAAGCCAAAGUUGGUCGAGCUUUCAGGAAUUGUUACGGUCUUCUUCUGCGGCAUUGUGAUGUCGCAUUACACGUGGCACAAUGUGACCGAGGGUUCCAGGACGACGACAAAGCACAUGUUUGCAACACUGUCGUUCAUCGCCGAAACGUUCAUCUUUCUCUACGUGGGCAUGGAUGCUCUAGAUGUUGAGAAGUGGGAUGUCACUGACCCCGUUCAAGCGCUUGGGGUGUUCUUCACCUUGCUUCUGCUCACGCCAUUGGGGAGAGCAGCCGCCAUCUUUCCGCUGUCGUUUGUUGCAAAUUUCACACGAUCUGAAUCAGAUAAGAUUGAUUUCCGACGGCAGGUUGUCAUCUGGUGGGCUGGUUUGAUGAGAGGUGCCGUCUCCAUUGCAUUGGCUUUCAAUCAGUUCACUGCGUCUGGCAGCACGAAGAAUCCUGAGCAUGGGACACUGAUUGUCAGCACGAUGGCUGUUGUUCUAUUCACUACCUUGUGCUUUGGCAUCAUCACCAAGCCACUGAUAGAGUGGAUCAUUCCUUACCACUCGAGCGAGAGGCCGUUUGGUGAGAUCUCCGAGCCCAACUCGCCAAAGACCCCAAUGCUCAUCUGGGAAGGAACUCCCCGUACUCCUUUGCUGAGGGAUGGGGAUAACAGAGGGCCUGUGAGGGUCACGGCAAGGAAGGUGUUUUUCGAGCGAUUCAACCGCAACAUUACUGGAGCACAGAGGUCAUUUGACCUGAUUCUGAAUGGUCCUCCACGCACAGUUCAUGCUUUAUGGCGUGCCUUUGACGACAACUACAUGCGACCCAUCUUCGGGGGUCGAGGCUUUACCCCUUUCACCCCAGGCAUGGAUAUAGAUGAGAGGGGCUUGGCUCCAGAAGCGCAGCCUGCGGAGCAUACCUAGACGGGAACUGGCUUCGGAUACUGACAGGCAUAGCAUCAGAUGAGCAUCCAAGUCGCCCCUCAUAGAGCAUGUCUAGGCUGGCACUGAGUUCGGGUACGAAGUCACCCCCCAUAGACCGAUGGACUGGUCUUUGUCGCUGAGUGGCUUUUGUCGCUGACUCGACAGACUGGCUUUUGUCGCGAACUCGACAGACACUGGCUUUUCUCGCGGACUCUUGAGAUCUUGGCGAUUCCAGCUACUGCAGUUCUGUCCGCAGAAGCUUUCGGUCUGGCAGACGAAAUUGGAUGGGCCAAGGUCGGACACAUUGUUGGUAGACCGGAAGCUCUAACUUCAUGAAUCCAUGGAGUACACUCGGGUGUUUUUUGUUGCUGACUCGGCAGACCAGCUUUUGUUGCUGACUCUUGCUAUCUUGGCGAUUCCAGGCAGAGGGAGGAGCGGUGUCAAACAAAAGCUGACAGCUGGUGGGUUUAGCACAGAUUUGGAUGAGCUGAAGAGUGAUGAAGCGUACGAAAGGCAGAGGGAGGAGCGGUGUCAAACAAAAGCUGACAGCUGGU